UAUCGACUCAUACAAGGCCUAUAUCACUUUUCAAAAAGCAAUAGACGUGGCUCUAAUUAUUAUCAUAGGUGGCCGAUAACUGAAGGUGGUAGAAAUGACAUCAAUCUGCUGAGGAAACCGGACCAUUAUCCGAACCGAUGAUAGAAGUGAGGGGACAUUAUGCGUGAUUGAACAGAGUAUAUAUUGAAUCCAGCACCGUGAGCCAUAAUGUCAACCUCUGGCUGUAAUAUCCUCUCCAACCCUUCCUUCGAGACAGGCUCUCUAUCGCCAUGGUUCACCACAGCCUCAGAUGUAGCCAGAGCCACGACUGCCACUCCUGCCUACACUGGAAAUUACUCACUCGACCUCACAACUGCCCUCGACAACAGCCCCAAUUCCUUCUCCCAGACCCUGUCUAGUCUCAACCGUAGCACGACUUACGACUUCUCCGUACAAGUCAAGCCCUCCGUGUCCGGGGCAGAGUUUUGCCAUAUUGCCGCGUACCUGGGAUCAAACACAACCAGUGAUACCAUUGCUACCGCUGAUCUCGAACCUAGUGAUCAGUGGACCGCUCUAACCGGGGGGUUCACGGCCAAUUGGUCCGCAGAUGUUCUGACAAUCAGUGCAGCGUGCACGUCGCCUAACAACUCGUAUACUUGGCAGGUGUACUUUGAUGAGGUUGUUGUGGAGAGGAGGCGAUGCAGCGACUGA